GUCCUCCGUCCUCGCUGCUCGGCUGACGGCGCCGCGUCGCUCCGGGACUCGGUCUUCCAGGCGGGUUCUCCACCGGGAGCGAUCCGCCCGCAGGUCGUCGUGUCCGGCUCUCGAGGCAGCAGCAGCCCGCCCUGAAGGGAGGGAAGCGCCCGCCGCCCCGCCCCCGCUGAGGGAGUGACCACCACAGCUCCAGCUGCACCCAGCCUCCAGCUCUUCGCUGCCGCCGCCAUGCUGUCCCCCGCCGUGCCGUCCCCCGCAGUCCUGCUGCUGUCCUCUGUCCUCCUGCUGUCCCUGCUGUCGCCCUGCCCCGCCCAGGCUGACGGGGACCUGGUGGUCCAGACGGCCAGCGGCCGGGUCCGGGGCGUCCUGCUGCCGGUGCCGGACCGGAGCUUCGUCACCGCCUUCCUGGGCAUCCCGUUCGGCGAGCCGCCGGUGGGGAAGCGGCGUUUCCGCCCCGCCGAGCCCAAGCGGCCGUGGACGGGGGUGUACGAGGCGGGCGCCUACCCCAACGCCUGCUACCAGUUCGUGGACACGUCCUUCCCCGGGUUCCCGGGCAGCGAGAUGUGGAACCCCAACCGCAAGAUGAGCGAGGACUGUCUGUACCUCAACGUGUGGGUCCCGGCCUCGCCGCGGCCGCACAACCUCACCGUCAUGGUCUGGAUCUACGGCGGAGGCUUCUACAGCGGCUCGUCAUCUCUGGACGUGUACGACGGCCGCUACCUGGCCCACAGCGAGACGGUCAUCGUGGUGUCCAUGAACUACCGCAUCGGCGCCUUCGGGUUCCUGGCCCUGCACGGGUCCUCCGAGGCCCCGGGCAACGUGGGCCUGCUGGACCAGAGGCUGGCUCUGCAGUGGGUCCAGGACAACAUCCACUUCUUCGGAGGAAACCCCAAACAGGUCACCAUCUUCGGGGAGAGUGCCGGGGGGGCGUCGGUGGGCUACCACCUGUUGUCUCCGGACAGCCGGCCCACCUUCACCCGGGCCAUCCUGCAGAGCGGCGUCCCCAACUCCCCCUGGGCGUCCGUCAGCCCCGCCGAGGCCCGGCGCCGCGCCACCGCGCUGGGCAAGCUGGUGGGCUGCAACGGGGGCAACGACACCGAGCUGGUCACCUGCCUGCGGGGCAAGACCCCCCAGGAGCUCAUUGACCAGGAGUGGACGGUCCUGCCCUGGUCGGCCCUGUUCCGGUUCUCCUUUGUGCCCGUGGUGGACGGCGAAGUCCUGCCCGACACGCCUGAGGCCAUGCUGAGCUCGGGGAACUUCAAGGACACUCAGGUCCUGCUGGGGGUCAACCAGGACGAGGGCUCCUACUUCCUGCUGUACGGAGCGCCCGGCUUCAGCAAGGACAACGAGAGCCUGAUCUCCAGGGAGGACUUCCUGGAAGGCGUGAAGAUGAGCGUCCCGCACGCCAACGACAUCGGGCUGGAGGCCGUGGUGCUGCAGUACACCGACUGGAUGGACGAGAACAACGGGCUGAAGAACCGCGACGCGCUGGACGACGUGGUGGGCGACCACAACGUCAUCUGCCCGCUGGCGCACUUCGCCCGCUCCUACGCCCAGCACAACGCCCUGAGGGCCGGCGGGGGCGGGGCCGGGGGCGGGGCCAGCUACGGCGCAAUGAACAGCGGAGGCAGCGCUCAAGGAGGCGUGUACCUCUACCUGUUCGACCACCGGGCCUCCAACCUGGCCUGGCCGGAGUGGAUGGGCGUGAUCCACGGCUACGAGAUCGAGUUCGUGUUCGGCCUCCCGCUGGAGAAGAGGCUGAACUACAGCCUGGAGGAGGAGAAGCUGAGCCGCCGCAUGAUGAGAUACUGGGCCAACUUCGCCCGCACCGGGAACCCGAACGAGGGCCUGGGGGACCGGGGGAAGCGCUGGCCUCAGUUCACCCUCAGCGAGCAGAAGCACGUGGGGCUGAACACGGAGCCGCUGAAGAUCCACAGAGGCCUGAGGAACCAGAUGUGUGCUUUCUGGAACCGCUUCCUGCCCCGCCUCCUGAACAUCACCGACAACAUCGACGAGGCGGAGCGGCAGUGGAAGGUGGAGUUCCACCGCUGGUCCUCCUACAUGAUGCACUGGAAGAGUCAGUUUGACCACUACAGCAAGCAGGAGCGCUGCACCGAGCUGUGAGGGCCCCCCCCACCCUCCCCCGCCGCCGGGCGCCGCCCCUCCACCCCCCUCCCACGGCGCUGGGCGCUGCCCCCUGGCGCCACAGAGGACGGCCAUUUCCCUCCUCUGUCCUCAGUCUUCAUCCUGUCAACACACUGCUCCUGUAUUUACCUUAUUUAUACUAUUUAUUGACCUGAACUCCACAACCUCAGCGUGUGUGUGUCUGUGUCUCUUUGUGUGUGUGUGUGUGUGUGUGUGUGUGUGUGUGUGUGUGUGUUCCCAUCGCUCCCUCCUGCAUGUAUUCCUGCCCCCCCUCCAACGUCAGACCUUUUUCUUUCCCGUCUUCGUCUUUUCUUCUUUCCGACUCAUCAAACUUCCACUGCCUCUCUCUCUCUCUCUCUCUCUCUCUCUCUCUCUCUCUCUCUCUCUCUCUCUCUCUCUCUCUCUCUCCAGCCCCCUGUCCUUCCUCCUGCUCUAUUAGUCUAAUGGAGGCAGAGUAAUCCACUCAGCAGCAGGAUAAUGUGACAGAGGCUGGCUCAGCCUGGAGGAGGAGGAGGAGGAAGAGGAGGAGGAGGAGGAGGAGGAGGAGGAGGAGGACUGAUGGGAAGAUAAAGACAGAAUAGUGCUCUCUUACAUAACCACAGAUGAGUGAAGCGAGUGAUGUGGCAACGGAAGAAAAGCUCAUCAGGCGCUUCUGGUUUCCUCUCCUGGUCUGAGCCAGUUUCCUCCAGACAGCUUCAGUUUCCUCCAGACAGCUUCAUCUUCCUCCAGAUAGCUUCAUCUUCCUCCAGACAGCUUCAUCUUCC